GCGAAGGGUUUUAUUUCUUUACCUAUCAGCGUGCUCUUCUAAGUUCGUUGUGUUUGCUCCCUCUCUUUUCUUCUGCGUCUUCUUCAACAGAUCCAGCUCGGAACCCUUCGGCGGCGGAACUUUGAUACGAUGGCGCCAAAGAAGGAUAAAGCUCCUCCACCGUCCUCGAAGCCUGCUAAAUCUGGCGGAGGAAAGCAGAAGAAGAAGAAGUGGAGCAAGGGAAAGCAAAAGGAGAAGGUCAACAACAUGGUUUUGUUUGAUCAAGGAACCUAUGACAAGCUUCUCGUUGAAGUUCCCAAGUACAAGCUUGUCACUCCUUCAAUCUUGUCCGACAGGUUGAGGAUCAAUGGAUCGCUAGCACGAAGAGCAAUCAAAGAUCUGAUGGCCAGAGGUCUCAUCAGAAUGGUGUCUUCACAUUCGAGCCAGGAGAUCUACACAAGGGCCACCAAUACCUAAUUUCCUUUCAUAUCUUUUUGAGUUGUCAUGAAUUAGCCUUGUUACUCCAGUUUCUGCAUGUUGCUUCUAAUAUCUUCACAUGGAUCAUAGAAUUUUGCAAUUUUUUUUUUUUGAAUUUUGCCAUUUGGAGAGGAAUUGUCUGGUGUUAUCUUCCUUGUUAAUUACUAUUUCUAAAUUUAUCAAGUUCCCAAACAUUUGAAAGUUUA